UGUGGGUAGUGAGUCUCAGAGUGUCACGUUUUUGGAUCCAGCAUGGCAGGCAAACAGAAAAGGAAGUUGGAGGACCUCAGCAUGGACGAGUUCCUGCUGACAGGUUUUGACUCAGAUGGAGAAGAAUCCGAUGAAGGGACUGAACAACAGAAUGGAUUAAAUAAACAGAACAAGAAGAAAGAUCUGAAAGAUGCAGCUCUGCAGCAAAGAGAUGGAGGGAAGAAAGGAAAGGCCUCUGAGCACAAGGAGCAGCUGUCCAGGUUAAAGAACAAAGAUCCAGAGUUCUACAAGUUUCUGCAAGCAAACGACCAAACUCUCCUAAACUUUGACGACACGGACAGCUCCGAGGAUGAGGAUGAGAGGAAGUAUCACAAAUUGCCAUCUGCACUUGAGGAGGCCAGCUCUGGUGAUGAGGAAGAGGCUGAUGAGGGACAGAAAGCUUCGAAGAAAUCCAAGAGUGCAGGGGAAGCUAUCAAAGUCACAGACAAAAUGGUUGAAGAAUGGAAAGCUGCUAUGAAGAAAGAACCCACACCUCGUCUCUUCAGAGACGUCACCCAGGCGUUUAAGGCCGCCGUGGCUACAACCAAGGGCGAAGGAGCAGCGCAGUGUCGAUACAAAGUGGCUGACAGUUCUGUGUUCAACGCGUUGGUCCUGUUCUGCAUCCAAGAUAUUCAUGUGGCCCUACAGAAGAUGCUCAACCUGAAGCCAGAUAAAGACCAGAAAAAGCUGGUGCUCCCAUCGUCCAGUCAAAAGUGGCAGAAGAAUCAGAUUGAUGUCAAGAUGUAUAUCAGUGGAGUAGUUCAGCUGUUAUCCUGUCUGACAGAGUCGACAGUCAUCAGCGCUGUGCUGCGGCACGCCAACCAGCUCGUACCUUAUUACCUCUGUCUACCCAAACAGUGUCGCCACCUGGUUAAGCAACUGUUGAAGCAGUGGAGCACAGGGGAGGAGACAAGUCGGGUUCUCGCCUUCCUGGCCCUCAACAAAAUCUGCAGACACAAGCAGGACACAUAUCUUAACUCUAUUCUCAAGCAAAUGUACAUUUCCUACGUACAGAACUGUAAGUUCACAUCUCCCAACGCGCUGCCCAUGAUCAACUUCAUGCAGCGAACGCUAACAGAGAUGUACUCACUGGACACACAGGCCUCGUACCAACAGGCCUUCAUCUACAUCCGACAGCUGGCGAUCCACCUCAGAAACGCCAUGACCAUGAAGAAGAAGGAAACGUACCAGUCGGUGUAUAACUGGCAGUUUAUCCACUGUUUGUACCUCUGGUGUCGCGUCCUCAGCACCUUACACCCCAGUGACGUCCUCCAGCCUCUCAUCUACCCACUCUGCCAAGUCAUAAUCGGCACCAUAAAACUGGUGCCCACAGCAAGGUACUACCCUCUGAGGAUGCACUGUUGCAGAGCCCUCACGCUGCUGUCCAGCACCACCAACACAUUUGUACCAGUUCUGCCUUUCCUCUUGGAGAUCCUCCAGCAGGUGGACUUCAACAAGAAACCAGGGCGAAUGAGCAAGAAACCCAUCAACUUUGCAGUCAUCCUGAAGCUUAGCAAGGUCAACCUAAUGGAGAAAGCCUAUAAAGAAGGGCUGAUUGACCAGCUCUACGACCUGAUCCUGGAGUACUUUCACACUCAGGCCAGCUCCAUCGGCUUCCCAGAGCUCGCCCUGCCUACCGUCAUUCAGCUGAAAGCGUUCCUGAAGGAAUGCAAAGUGGCCAAUUACUGCAAGCCGGUGCGCCAGCUGCUGGAAAAGGUACAGGAGAACAGCAGCCACAUCACAGGACGGAGACAGAAGGCCGCCUUCGGAGUGGCCGAUGCCACCGCUGUGGCGGCCUGGGAGAAGCAGAUCCAGCAGGAGGGGACUCCCCUCAGCAGGUAUUACAGCCAGUGGAAGAAGCUGAGGGAGAAGGAGAUCCAGCUGGAGAUCUCCGGCAAAGACAGGAUGGAGGAUCUGGACCUGCCUGAGAUCAAACGGAAGAAGCUUCAGGAGAAGAAGGUAGAGGACAAGAAGGAGUUCAAGGAUCUGUUUGAGUCCGACAGCGACGAAGAUGAAGAUGAUGGAAAACUCACAAUCAAAGGGAAAAAGGGUCGCCGUGGGUCAGAUGAUGAUGAGGAUGAUGAUGAUCUUGAAGAUUUGUCUGACAUGAGCAAUGACGAGGGGAUGGAGGGUGGAGACUCAGAUGAUGAAGACGACGGGGAUGAAAAGAACUCCAAGGCUCCUCAGCCGAUUUCGUCCUCUGCUCUGAUAAAGCUGGCAGAAGGAGACGAGGAUGUGGUGGAGGACCUGGAGCUGUCUGAUGAUGACUGAGGUUCACACACUCAAGCUCACCCGGGAGAGUUUAAUGCUUCCAAAUUAUCAGCCAUCUAUAUUUAGAAUAAUAUUGGACUGUUUUUCGCUAUUUUCUUUGCCUUUGUAUUACUUCACCUGUACAGUACAAACAUGUUGAAGAUGUAAUUUUAUUAAGCAUUGAAAUUGUAAAAGAAAAAAACUCAAAGAA